CCUUUGGUCUUCCCACAUCUGCGUUCCCGGCACUGGUCUGCUGAGCUGAGCCAUGGCGAGCCGUUCCUACCGUGUCAGCUCCGGCUAUGGGGUCCAGAACUUCAGCUCCUGCUCAGCCGUUGUGCCCAAGCCUGGGGGUCACAGCUUUGCCAGUGGCCUGGCUUUCCUCAGGGUCAGUCCUGGGCGACCAGGCUACAGGCAUCUCGGGGGCUUUGGCAGCCGGAGCCUGUGUGCGACGGGGUCCCCGCGAAUCGCGGUGAGUUGUGUGCGGCCCCUCCUCAGUGGGAGCAGCUUUGGCUACCGGGCAGGGGGCCUCUGUGGCCCCAGACCACCCUGCAUCACCACCGUGUCGGUCAACGAGAGCCUCCUGGCGCCCCUCAACCUGGAGAUCGACCCCAAUGCGCAGUGCGUGAAGCACGAGGAGAAGGAGCAGAUCAAGAGCCUCAACAACAGGUUCGCCGUCUUCAUCGACAAGGUGCGCUUCCUGGAGCAGCAGAACAAGCUGCUGGAGACCAAGCUGCAGUUCUACCAGAACCGCGAGUGCUGCCAGAGCAACCUGGAGCCGCUGUUCGACGGCUACAUCCAGACGCUGCGGCGGGAGGCCGAGUGCGUGGAGGCCGACAGCGGGAGGCUGGCCUCGGAGCUCAACCACGUGCAGGAGGUGCUGGAGGGCUACAAAAAGAAGUAUGAAGAAGAGGUGGCUCUCAAGGCCAUGGCUGAGAGUGAGUUUGUGGUGCUGAAGAAGGACAUUGACUGUGCCUACCUGCGCAAGGCCGAUCUGGAGGCCAAUGUGGAGACCCUGAAGGAGGAGACGGGCUUCUUGCAGUCCCUCUACAAUGAGGAAAUCUGCCUCCUUCAGUCACAAAUCUCUGACACCUCGGUGGUGGUCAAGAUGGACAAUAGCCGGGAGCUCAACAUGGACUCGGUUGUGGCCGAGAUCAAGGCUCAGUAUGAUGACGUGGCCAGCCGCAGCCGGGCCGAAGCCGAGUCCUGGUACCAAACCAAGUGCGAGGAGAUGAGGGCCACAGUGACGCAGCAGGGCGAGAGCCUCCGCAGAACCAAGGAGGAGAUCAACGAGCUGAACCGAAUGAUCCAGAGGCUGACGGCUGAGGUGGAGAACGCCAAGCAGCAGCGCUGCAAGCUGGAGGCCGCCGUGGCCCAGGCUGAGCAGCAGGGCAAGGCGGCCCUGAAUGAUGCCCACUGCAAGCUGGCGGGGCUGGAGGAAGCCCUGCAGAAGGCCAAGCAGGACAUGGCCUGCCUGCUCAGGGAGUACCAGGAGGUGAUGAACUCCAAGCUGGGCCUGGACGUGGAGAUCGCCACCUACCGCAAGCUGCUGGAGGGCGAGGAGAGCCGGUUGUGUGAAGGCGUGGGCUCUGUCAAUAUCUGUGUGAGCCGUUCCCAAGGUGGCGUGGUCUGUGGGGACCUCGGUUCCAUCGUCCCUCGUGGCCUGGGUGGCGUGGCCACCAGCAGCAGUGCCCUCUGCUCCCCCUCCGUAGUGGGGGCCUGUUCCAGUGCGAGAUCUGUGCGGUUUGCAUAGUGGGGGGUGGGACUCUGGACGGAUGGGGUCUGCCGGGGGUGAGGGUGGAAAGUAGGGUGUGGGGAAAGCUUUUCUCUCUCAGGCUCAAAUGUCAGUGUAGGGAUUGCCCCUUCCUGGGAACCCAGAAAUAACUCUCCAGUUUCCUUCUCAUUGGAGUUACGAUUUACCCUUUGAGUGCAAACCCUGGAUUUGGCAUGCUUGCCAGCUCUGUUGAUUUCUCUCCUCUGGUUGUCGGGGAAAGGAUAUAAAGGCUUUAUGAUAUAAACUGCUUAGCUAUUUUCUUUCCCCAACUAACUUCAGGUUAGCAGACAUUUGCUAGGUACCGACCAUGUGCUAGGCCCCGUGGGUGGGGACCCAGGUAGGGGAUGGCAGUGCGUGGGUACACCCUCCGCUUGGCCUCAGACAAGGGGCUGUGCAUGUCCCCUUAGUGUGGAGGGGGCAGCGGGGGACGUGGAACUGGGACUCUGGGAGAUCCCUCACUUGAUCUAAGAGAUUGGAUGUUCCCAGAGCACCCCCCAACUAUGCACAUGUCAGGAUUGGCUGAGGCUAAUGUUCCUGGGUUUUUGGUGGUGGUGGUUUGGAAUUUUAUUGUAUUUGGGUGAUUCCUGUAGGAUUCUUUUUCUCUUAUGAUGUGCGUGAUUUAAUGUCCAUGGCAAAAGGUUCUC